GCAAGCACGAGCAAGCAGCAUGACGUCGCCGAUCAUUGACAUUGGCCUCAACCUCACCCACGGGCAAUUCCGCAAAGACCUCAAAGCAGUCCUGGACCGCGCCGUCGCGGCCAACGUCUCGACGCUCGUGGCCACGGGCACGGACCUCAAGGCGAGCCACGCCACGAUUGCGCUGAUUCGCCGCCUUCAGAAGGAGCGCAUAGGCGCCCGCCUUGUGUGCACUGUGGGCGUGCACCCGCACAACGCAUCGUCCACAUCGCCGGACCUCGUCGCGUCGCUCCGGUCGCUCAUGGAAGGCAACCGCGAUGUUGCCGUCGCUGUCGGCGAGUGUGGCCUCGACUUCAACCGCGACUUUUCGCCGCGCGACGUGCAGAUCGACGUGUUCCGAUCGCAGGUCGAGCUCGCGUGCGAGCUGGGGCUUCCGCUGUUCUGCCACGAGCGGGACGCCCACGACGACUUUGUACGUGUCUUGCUGCCGUUUCUCGAGACGGGGCGGCUCCGACCCGACCGCGUCGUCGUUCACUGCUUUACGGGCUCGGAGGCCGCGCUCAAGAAGUACGUCGGCUUUGGCUUUUACAUUGGCCUCACGGGCUUCAUUGCGAUGCCUGGUCGGGGCGCACACCUGCGCCCGCUCCUGCGCUCUAUCCCAAGCAAGCAGCUCAUGGUCGAGACCGAUGCGCCGUUCAUGCAUCCGUCGCAGAAGCGCGUGCGCUGUGAGCCCAGCGACAUUCACGCUGUCCUAAACACGAUUGCGGACGCAGUUGGCACGACGCCGGAGGUUGUGGCGGCGACAACGACCGCCAACGCUGUGCGGUUCUUCCAGCUGGCGCCAGCACCACCUGCACUUGCAGCCGUAGCAGCCCCCGUAUCGAUUGACGGUUCGCUGUACGAAGGCGGUGGCCAGAUCCUACGGCUGGCAGCCCCGCUCGCAGUGUUGUGCAAUGUGCCGUUGACAGUGCACUCGAUACGGCACAACCGCCCCAAGCCCGGGCUCGCGCGGCAGCAUCUCGGCGGCCUCGAGCUUCUGCAAACCAUCUCGCAGGCGUCGUUUGAGGGCCUCGCGCUGCUCUCAACGUCCGUGUCGCUGCGCCCGAGCGCCUCGCCGCCCACAGGCACGUCGUUUGCAAAGGAUCUACAAGGCGCGGGCAGCGUCUCGCUCGUGCUCCAAGGCGUCUUGCCAUUGCUGCUGUUAUCGCGCGCGACGCCGACAACGUUGAAGCUCCGAGGCGGCACGCACGUCCCGUUCAGCCCCCCGAUGGACUUUUGGACGUCGGGUCUGGCGCAGCCCCUCGCCAAAAUGGGCAUUUCCUACGAGAUUGCACUUGAAGCGUGCGGCUUCAUGCCACUCGGACGCGGCCACGUCACUGUGUCGGUCGCGCCUGUCUCGGUGAUCCAGCCGUUGCAGCUCACGACCAAGUCCCGCGAGAUCGCCCGGGUGCAGAGCCACGUGGUGGUGUACGCAGCCGGGGCGUCGGCGGCGACCGUGGAUGCCUGUCAUCACCACUUGAAGAUUGCGCUGACAACUGCGCUGGGGCCGCACCCCGUGAUCGAGAGCCAUGGGACGGUGCAGGCAUUCAAGGCCAAGGGCGGACCCAAGAUCGCGCUGCAUGUGACGGUCGAGACGACGCAUGGCAAUGUCUUUACGGGCAGCUGCAUUGCAGCGACAUCGGUGGCGAGUGCCGUCGACAGCGUCAUCGCUGAGCUGCGCCGCGGGUGGGACUCGGACGCGUGCGUCGACGAGCACAUUGCCGACAACCUGCUCGUGUACAUGGCGCUCGCGACCGGCGCGUCGGCGCUGCGGGUGCCGAGGACGACGUCGAGCCAGCACAUAGAGGCGGCGCUGCACGUCAUCCAGGCCAUGACCGGGGUACCAUUCACGAUAUUACCUGACGGCAACUCGCGCAUUCUGGCGUGCCCCGGGCGCCAACCACAGAAAACACACUGAGACAUUGUUCACUAGCAAACUCAAAACUCAAUAAUCAAAACUCAAAACUCAA